AUGACGUCAGAAAAACCAGCAAUCAAGUCCCAGAAGACGUCCCCCAGGCGACCAAGGCCAGAGGGACCUCAGGACGGCCAAGAGGCCAAGAGGACCUCCCCGAGACGACCAACAGGCCAGAGAACCUCCCCUAGACGACCAAGGCCAGGGGACCUCCUAGACGACCAAGAGGCGACUAGGAGCCAGAGAACCUCAGGACGGCCAAGAGGCCAGAGGACCUCCCUAAGACGACCAACAGGCCAGAGGACCUCCUCUGAACGACUAAGAGGCCAGAGGACCUACCCUAGACGAGCAAGGGCCAGAGGACCUCACCUAGACAGAGCAAGAGGGCAGAGGACCUCACCUAGACAGAGCAAGAGGCCAGAGGACCUCCCUAAGACGAGCAAGGCCAGAGGACCUGCCUUAGACGAGCAAGGGCCAGAGGACCUCACCUGGACGACCAAGGGCCAGAGGACCUCCCCUGAACGAGCAAGAGGCCAGAGGGACCUCCCUAGACGAGCAAGAGGCCAGAGGACCUCACCUAGACGAGCAAGAGGCCAGAGGACCUCCCCUGGACGAGCAAGAGGCAGAGGACCUCCUAGACGAGAAAGAGGAAGGGACCUCCCUAGACGAGCAAGAGGCCAGAGGACCUCACCCUAG